AUGGGUCGCAAGAAGAUCAAGAUCCAGCCCAUCAAGGAGGAUCGCAACCGAUCCGUCACUUACCUCAAGCGCAAAGCCGGCCUCUUCAAGAAAGCGCACGAGCUGGCUGUCUUGACCGACUCGCAAGUCGCAGUCAUCGUCUUUGGCCACAAUGGCAAACUCGCCGAGUUCUGCUCUACCGACAUUGAUCUCCUUCUGUUGCGCUACACUGAAUACGAAGGCCCGGCAGAACGAAAAGGACCGCAGCAUUACUUGCACCUUGACAAGGAUUCCGACGAUAACGACGGCGACAACGGCGACAACGGCGACAACGGCGACAACGGCGACAACGACACUGCCAGCCGUGAUGGGCCAGACGAUGAUUUUCAUUUCGGCGGUCACAGUGGUGCCAAUGGCCGAGGUCCCAGCGCAAGUGGAGCCAAUGGCAGCCACGCUAGAAGAGUGACUGGCGUUAAGCGCAAAGCUGAACCUCUUUCCCCACAGCGCAACAACCGCACACUUGGCUCGAAUCGCAUGCUUGCAGCACAAGAUCUGGGCGCAUUUGAUGUCGCACCCUCAGCCAAGCAAACUGUCAAUGCAGCCAUCCGACACAAGAGCCAGGUUCGUUCGGGAGGUAACAUGGCUGCAGCAUCGAGCCAGUUGGCCUCGCAGGGCAUGUUUGAUCCACUCUCAUUCGGUCAGCCUUGGAUGCCUGCGGCAGGUGGAAUGCAGCACAACAUCGUUGGCGGUGCUAUGGGCGGCAUGGGCCCAUCCAUGUCUUCUUCAUCCGGCUACUUUGGUGCAGGCAGUAGUAUGCCCGGUCAAGCUCAAGCAGGUUCCUCUUCCUUCAACCCGACUAGAGCACAGUCGAUUGCUAACAUGUCCAUCCCGAUGCCUUCCAACGACCGACUGCCCAUCUUUGUCUCUCCCACCACCCCUGGCUUUGGAUUGACGCCCGGUGGAACCGUGACGACGCCUGGCGGACGACGGUUCAGCUUUUCCGAUGUAAUGACCCGUGGAUCAGACGGAUCGAUGCUGCAACGACCCGUGACGGCCAACUCGUUCUUGACGCCCAGCUUUUUCAAUAACGAGGUGUUUGGCAUGUCUGCAACUCCACCCGCGGUCGCAGGUGAAAUCAGCUCAAUCUCGCCGAGUGUCACCCCGCAGCCUCCACCGCAAGGCGCGACCAUGGACCGUCAGGCAACUCUGCAGCCGGCUGGAGGCAACGCUUCUUCUGCGCUAGAAACAUCUCCAACGCCUUUACCUGAUCCUCGCCAAAGUGCACAGCUCAUGUCACGGCCAGCUUCAACCGGUGUAGCACCGACAUACAACGAAGCAAGGUAUACAGCAGCACCGAGUGCAUCGCUUGCGUCAAGCUCGACCCUAGCAUCACCAGCGCAUAUCACUCGGCCCUUGACAGCGUUGGCGAAUCUGGAGGCACCAGCAUCGGCUACACAUCUGGUCCCACCGGCUGCAGGAUUUCCUGGACCAUUAGGAGGCCCAGAACUGCAUGCUAGCUCAGCUUCACCGAUGCCUCCUCACGUAUCAUCAAUUCAAGCUGUACCCAACGCUUCGUUCACCGCAAGCUCGUACCCCUCUGCCGCUGCUGAUCUCAAAGCCUCAUCAACACCACUCAGCUCUGCAACACCGGAAUUGAUACAGAAUCGUGUCAAGGCAGCUUCUGUAUCACAUCCAGGUCCAGGUGCCAGCGCCUCAAGAUCAUCCAUAUCAACCGACGAGGAAACACCACCUGGCAACAACUUCGUCCCCGAUAGCACCAGCGGCAGCAGUGACAAGCUAGACCCCAACACAGCAUGGCUUGGCAUGGCUCAAACGGCCCGAGACGCAAAAACUGGCCAAGCAUCGCUCAUACAACCAGUAGCCAUCAACGCAGCGCAAACAAUAGCAUCUGUACCCUUCGAUCUGAGCUUUGCCAACACUGGAACAUGA